AUGGAUAAACUGAAUAAAUCACUUGAAAUAUUGAAAACAUUAAGUUUAGAAUCGAAUCAUGAAAAAUCCACAGAAAAAAUUCAUCAUUUAAACUUAGUUGUUGACGGAUUGCUUUUACCACAAGUUAGAACGAAUAAUGAUAAUUAUUUUAAAAUACUUAGCACUGGAUUUGAGACACUGUUUUCACACUGCGACGAACAAGAUUAUGAUGUGCGAUUGGCUGCAGAAGAAAAUAUUACAAAAUUAGUGAAAAGUUUAAAAGAACUACAACUCACUCGUGUACAAUUUGAAUUACAUCGAGUAAUUAAAAGAAAUCCAAAUGUGGGACCACGUGCGUUAAAAGGAGCAUUGUGGCGUUUUAGUGAACUGGCAUCCGUUAUACAUCCAAAAAAGAUACGAUUGUUUCUCGAACAUCUUUACGUUGCAUUUUGUUCUAUAGCAUUAAGAACAGAAGAACUAUUGUAUGAAAAACUACCGGAUUAUUAUCAAAUGAUAUUUCGUACUCUUGGAAAAUCAAUGAAUGAAAAAGAAGUAAAGGAUCUUUUACAAGCUUAUCUGAAAAAUUUAUCGAAUGAAUCAGCUGUUAUUCGACGAUCAUCGGCAUCUUGUCUCGUUGUCAUAUGUUAUCAUUGUCGACAACCAUUAUCUACAUCACAUUUUCUUUUAACAUUUGCAGUAGAAAAUCUAUUACAACAAACAACAAAUAUUUCACGUUUGAUCAUUACUGGUUCAUUAUUAUUAGUAAAAAAUCUAAUACAAAUGCUUGGCCAACAUCGACAAGAAUUACUUUCAUCAACUAUUGUCAAUUCAAAUCUAUCGAAAAAAGAAGGCGUUACUAGUGAUCAAAUAAACACUAAUAACAUCAUCCAGUGUGUCGAUAUGUUGUUUUAUUUAUUGGGUCAUGCAGAUCAUAAUAUUGUAUCUGGUUCUCUAGAGACACUCGAAACAAUUUUGCGAUAUAACUUUUUGUUUGAAUUUGAUCAUAUUUUGAUGUCGACGGAAUGCAUAGCAGAAAAUGUUGUUACAGAAUAUAUUCGCAAAACGUUAACAGGUAAUUCUUAUCAACGGCCAUUUAUCGAGUUAGCAGCAGAUGUAGAAGAUUCGAUAAACAAUGAAGAUACCAAUAAUGCUCAACUAAUAUCAUUAGAUUCAAGUUUAAUGUUAUCAGCAUAUACCGAUCAAACCUCUCGUAGUUCAGCAACGAGAUUUCUCGAAUUAUUGAUUUCUAGAUUUUUCCUCAAUACCGAUGGAACAUUGAAGAGUGAUGAUGAAGUACGCGUUAGUGUCAAAUGUGUGGCAUUAUCUUGUAUGUCUCAUUUGGCAACAAUUGACAUUCAGGGAUUUUAUGAGUCAACAAUAUAUGGUUCUGAAGCGGUCAACUAUCUCCUAUGUUUACGUGAACAUUCUGAUCCACAUUUGCGUGGAGCUUUUUCGAAUAUGUUAGCCAGUUUAAUACGAACUAGUAUAGUAUGUUUACUGGAUUAUGAACUGUUUCAUCAUGUUAACUAUGUCUUUCUUUUGAAAGAUCGUCAGAUUUUGAUUUUACAUGAAUUACUUAACUCUUAUCGUAUGUGUUUAAAUGACAUAAUGCCACGUGUUGUUCAUGUUAGUGUGCAAUAUUUAAAAACAUUAUUUCCCGUGUUACUCUCCAGUAGUAGUUCAAUGGCAAUGAUAGCUCUUAGUCUAUUAGAAGAUUGUGUACAACACAUCAAUAGUUCAUAUAUUCUAGUCAAAGUUGCUAUUGCACAAUUAAUUAGCGUUAUAGAUUUUCGACUUGUUUAUUUCAUUGAACAGCAACACCAACAAACAACGACUCGUUUAUGGUUAGAACGUUGUGUUGAGAUUUUAUUACUCUUUCUUCAAGAUGAUGACCCUCGCCUUCGCAAUGUUGCUGCUGUGGCUUAUUCUAAAUUGGUUGAUCAAAGUUCAUUUAUUUCUUGUACAUGGCCAGCAGAAUCAUUAUUAAAAUGGCUAAAUUCAAAUGUACAAUGGAUUUAUGAUACUCAUGAACAACAGUCAGAAUCUUCAUCAACAAAAAUUUCGCCACUCGUUCAUGAACGUUGUGAAAAUAUUUCGUGUUUAUCAACAAUAAUUUUUGAACAUUUGUGUAAAGCAUCAACACGUACCCAAUUGUUUGGGUGUUUGGAAGGGAUUUAUGAAUUAACCGGUGUCCUAUCACCAAUAACAAUAAUAUCAUUUUUUCACAAAACUUUUGAUGAAUUACGUUUACUUUGUCAUUUUUUGAAACAUCCAUUUAUUUUACAUGAUCUAAAUGGUUUACAAUUAUUAUUACAAAUCAUACAAAUUCUAUUUGAAAAUUUAUCAAUUCAUUAUUCAAAUAUUGAUGUUUCCCAUAAUCUAAAGAAUCCAGCCGAAAAAGUAUUGCAUUUUAUCAUACGCUUAUUAUCUAUUUAUGCAUGUGUUAUUGAUGAAACACCACCACCUAUUUCCACAUCAUCAAAAAUUAAUUUUCCACAAAUACCCACAUCACCACAACAAAUAAAAAAACGUUUUGAAAGUGCAACAAACAAGGAAGAAAGUAUUAAUGAUAAACAAAAAAUUGAAAAAGAAGCUGCUGAUAUAUCAUCAUUAAAAGAUAGUACAAAUUCGGAUAAAAAAUCAAAUCGUACACUACUUGGUCAAUUUGGUAAUAAUCCAUCAUUAAUGAAAUUAUAUGAACUUAUUCGAACAUCGUAUCAAACCUACAAAAGUACACUAAAUACAUCUGAAAUUGAUCGUUUUAUACAAUUAUUAACAACAACAUUAACAUGUUUACAAUCAACAAUAAAUAUUUUACAUUUACAAGGUAUAUCAAAAUAUUUAGAAGAAAUUCUUACCUAUUUAAAAUCAACUUUUAUUGUUGAUAAAACAAAUACAAUUUUAUGUACACAUGAGCUUUUGAAUACAUUACUUGCAUUGACAAAUAUAUUUACUCCAUUGACGACAACAACUGUACAAUCAAAUGUGAUGCAACAGAAUCAUUCAACAUUUUCUUCGACAUCUCAAAAUAUUUAUACAAUUGUAUUACGUCAUCCAAUGUUAAACUUAUUUCAACCAAGAAAACUGUCAAAUACCGAUAAUACAGAGAAUAAUCGUUCCGUAUCCUCGUCACUAAUAACAUCUAAAAAACGCAAGAAAAUUGAAUGUCUAAGACGACCACCAAAUCGUGUUGAAAAACAAAAAAUUGGAAAUUAUAUUCGAUUAUUUGAAGCAAUUGUUAUUUUAGGAUUGAAAAAAUAUGUCAAUUCUAAUGAAGUACAAUUUCAAGCGUCCGUCUUAGAUCUACUUGUUCAAUUAUUAUUAUUAAGAGUAAAUUACAGUCUACUCGACGCUGAUGAGAAUUUUCUCAAUCAUGUUCUAAAUCAAUUGGAAGUAAUCGAAGAAGCUGGUACAAAUAGCGAUAUACCUGAAUAUUUUAUAGAAUGUAUAUUUGAAUUUUUGGUUAUGCUUUCACAUGAUUCAUUACAUUCAAAACAAGUGAUUAAAAUUCAAGAUUUAAAUAAACAUACAGAUAGUGUUUUAGCAAGUGGAAAUAAUCCACAAACUCAUGCAUUGACAGCAUUAGAACCCGUUGUGAUUGAUUUAUUUCUUGUACGUUAUAAAAACGAUAAUAAAGAACUCGAAGCACAAAGAAUGGUCAUUGUUCAAACAUUAUUAAAACUUGUUCGAUAUAAAAAGGCUUUACAAUUAUUAACAUUAAUUCUUGAAAGUGUUAAAAGUGAAACAGAGAAAUGGAAAAAACUUUCAAGACAAAUUAUUGAUAUUUUACUAAUUAAUAUGCAAUCAGCAACAUAUAAUAAGUCAGUUCGAAUUUCAUUAGAUUUAUAUACAGCGUAUUUGCGAUUAUUCGAUUCUGUCUCAUUGGCUGCAUUACGACCCAUAGAUCCAUUAUGUGGAGCAUUUAAACAUGUGACAACUAAACAGGUGCUCAAACAAGAUACAAUUGGUAUAUCGUUAAUUAAUGUGAAUAUAUUCCUACGUUGUCUGAUACAACAUGCAAACGAAGAUGCAAUAUUACAACGAUGGAAAGAGAGUUCAACAGUUGACACUUUAGAACAAAAUGAAAGUUUUAGUGCACUUCUUCUUCGUAUUCUAUACGAUAUAACGGUUUAUUUAUUAAAAUUAGCUCGUCAAUCUCGUUAUGUACUCGAUUAUACGCUCUGUGCGUUAACAUCAGAUUAUCUCUAUUUAAUUCUGAAUAUAUUAGAAAAUGCAAGACAGUUUCGAUCGAUAACAAGUGGUUUACACUAUUUAUUAAUUCAAGAUGAUAAUGAAAUUCAGCGUUUAGAUAAUUUUUCUUAUUUAACUGUUUUGAGUGAACAUUUUAAACAAUUAUCUUUCUACUAUGCUCCAUUUCUUAUUCAAUGGACACAAAUAAUGAAUCUACUUGAUUAUACAAAUGAAACAUGGUGGAAACAAAUAUUUAAUAUUGGUGGUAGUGAUUCUUAUACAUGUCAAAUAGUUAAUUAUGGUCAAUUAAUUAUUUAUUGUGAUUUAAUUUGUCGUCAUGAAUUGUAUGUUGAACAUUUAACAUCAAUUUUAACAAAUCGUUCAUAUUUAAUUAUGUUAUUUGAACAUGUUGGAAAUAGUAAUGAAAAAUAUAUACAAGAUUUAAUUAGUUUAAUACAUCGUAAUUCAGCAGCAAGUAAUUUAUAUAUUGAAGCUAUAUUUGCUAAUUGGAAUUAUAUAAUGGGAAAAUAUUCCACACAAAAUGGAAGUUCAGGAUUAUUUGCAUUAAAAAUAUUACGUACAUUAGAAGCAAUUCAUUUAGAUCAAAGUGGUAUAUUAUUAUUAUUAUUAAUUGAAAAUUUUUUACAAUUACCCUAUAUGACGAUAAUACGUUUAGCAGAAACAAUAAUAUGUCGACGAAUUGAAAUGAUGUUAACAAUUGAUGUUAAUAAUUUAGAAAAACAAUUAAUGCCAAAAAAUCUACCAAUUAUAUUAAAAUUAUUAUCGAUGAAAGAAAAGAAUAAAAGAAAUGAAAGAUUAACGGCACUUGUACAACGAAUGGCAAAACAAAUCAAUUAUAACGAUAUAAAUUUGGAAAUACAGCUAGAGACAAUUCAUCAUUCAAAUACAAUAAAUGAUGAUAGUCUGUUAAAUAUGUUACGACAUAUGAAAUGUCCAAAUGAUAUAACGGCAAAAAUGUAUGCAACUGUAUUAGCAUCGAUCACUUAUAAAAAUCUAUUACCAUACAUGAUGUCAUUGGAUUUUAUUUGGGCAUCAAUGCCGUACUGUUUAAAAUUAGGAUUUGAAUCAUCGAUAGUAGUGAAUAACACUAAUCCACCAUCACCUGAUUCAACAACAACUCAAACAUCUACACAAACACCUACAUUUAAUUUAUCAUCAUUAUGGCGUUGUUCAAUAAAUGCUAUGGUUAAAAAAAUAAAUGAUGUUUGUUUUUCAUUACCCGCUCAACGUUUAAUAUGUUGUGAUUGUAGUGAAACAACGCAAGAUUCCUUAUAUAUGAAAAGUUUAUCAUCUCUAUCUGAAGAAAAUGUUCAUAUAAAAACUGUUUUAUUACCAUUAUGUGAAUCACUUAUUGUUUAUUUUGAAUAUAUAAAUGAAUAUAGUAUACUACAUCAAUUAUCAUCAACAGAUGGACGUGAUAUUCUACGAUUUAUUAUAUUUGUCUCUGAAACAAUAUACAUUAAUCUAUUAGAUAAUAAACUCUAUAUGGAUGUAAUUGAAAUAUUUUUUCAAUGUUUAGUUGUAACAUUAACCAAUUCAUCAUCGAUUAUUUAUACAUUGUUAAGUGCUACAGAUCAAAUUGUAUCUUGUUGUACACUACUUAAAUCUAUACUUAGCAUAUUUCAAUAUUUAAAACGACAUAUGCGUCUAGCUAUCAUCGUUAAAUCAUCAUCAAAUCAAAUACACUCCUAUUCACCAGAAUUAAUUGAACAUGAUCAACGUCCACAUACACAAUUAUUAUUACAAGCUUUUCAUGAUAUUGAUCAAUUAUAUGAUUUAUAUCAACAAUUAUGUUUACCAUCAGUUUCUCCCUCAUGUUUAAUACCAAAAUUUAUUCAAAAAUAUAUUAAAUUAAUUUGCAUUAUUCUCUUUCGUAUACCUACAUUCAAUUCAUUUUUUCGUAUACCCACUGCUUAUUGGCAACAUUUAAAUACAUUAGAAAAUAGAAAUGAACGUUUAAGAUUUUUAAAUGAUUUUUGUUUAACAAGUUUUCCUAUUCAAUUACUUCAACAUUCAGAUAUAAUGACAGAUUAUGUUGAACGAUUAAAUUUAAUUGGUUGGAUAAAUCGAACACAAUUUCAAGAAGCAUGGGUGACAUUUUUAACAGCUGUUAAUCAAACAAAUAAUUCGAAUCAACAAUUAUCAUCUGAUCAAUUGACAAAUGGUGAUGAACAAAAUGGAUUUAAUAAAGAAGAAAAAUUAGAACAAAAUGCUACACAUUGUAUUUGGGUACGUGGUGUAACAACAUUUUUAUUGAAUGCAAUAAGAAAAAAUAGUAGUGGAAAUCCUUCUGAACAACAUUUUGAACAUCAUUCUCGAAAUAAAUCAAUACCAUUUUUGUCAACAACAAAUGGUCAAUUCUAUUUACAGAGUCGUAUAAUACUGAAUCAUCUAAAUUCAGCUCUACAAAUACUCUUAGAACUUUACAUUCGUUGGAUGAAACCCGAUAAUUUAUCAUUGUUAUCAUCGGAUACGUGUUUACAAUUACGUUUUGAAAUAAUACGUUCAAUUGUUCUCCUAUCCGAUUUAUUUACUAGUAUACAACAAGUAUCAAAAUUAUUUGAUUUAUGUGAUGAAUUAAUUAAAUCAAAUAUUUGGCUUGAUGAAGAUGAAUUAGUCAUGAUGUAUGUUUGUUAUGGUUUCUGUAAAUCAGGUGCAUUACUCGGGCAAACAUUGAAAGAUACUAAUGAACUUUAUAUACGUUUAAUUGAAAGAUGUUUUAAAUUAUCUUACACAAAAUCGAUUGCUUAUGCAUCCACUAUUAUUUUGUUACAAACACAUGAAGAUGAUUUAUACAAACAUUUAUUACCUUUACUAACGACAGAAUUAACCAAUGAUGUUACAAAUAAUUUAGAAACAAAUAUUGAUAUAAGAAUAAGUGGACAAUGUUUAGCAAUUGUCUUUUAUCUUAUUGAAAACUUCUACAAUGGUUUAAAUCUGCUUGGCACAGUUCUUCAACAACAUUACGAAAAUAUAAUGCGUGAAGGUGAUGAUUCUCUAUUAUUAAAUAUAAUAUCGGUUGGUAUUGAACGUCUUCUAUUACUUAAUAUUAUUCCGAAAAAAGAUUUAUGGCGUUUAUUUAAACAAUAUUUAAAAGCUGUUCGUAAUGUCAGUAUCGAAAUAGAAAUACCACAAUUAAUUUUAUUAUUAGCAUGUAUUUAUAUAACAUUGACAUCAACAACAGAAAGUGAUAUGAUGUUAUUAAAUAGUAGUAUGGCAAUUGAACAAUCAUUGUCUAUUUCAUCAUCUCUAUUAUCUGUUUCGAAUGAUGAUCAAGAAAUGCAGGAUACAUCAUCAAACGAUAUUGUUAUUGAAUUAGUGGGUGAUAUAUAUGAACGAAUAAAAUAUACAUUUCCACACGAGGCAUGUAGACUAUUAAGUGCUUUACCCAGUCUUCUAUGUCAUAUAUCGUUAUCAGAUAAGUUAAUGAACAAAAUAAUAGCAGAAUAUGCAUCACCGCAACAAAUUUAUCCACAAAUAUUAGCAUAUAUUAUAUUUAUCGUAUUUCGAUCAUUAAUUAAUGCAAAUUAUUUAUCAAAAGUAAAUGAAUGGACAUUAUUAUCAAUAUCAAGUGUUUCACAACGACGACCGAUACGUCUUGCAUUAUGGGGUUUAACAUGUUUGAUGUUAAGUGCUAGUCAAGAAAAAAUAGCCAAUAGUCUAUUCCCUCUAGCCGUUGGACGAUAUGGACGAUCUGAAGAUAUUGAUAAUCAAUUAUUUCUUAUUGCUGGUAGAGAAUAUUAUAUGCAACUAACGAAUAAUGAACAACGAAAACAAUUUGAACAGUCAUUGUAUGUUGAAAUUACGACGGAAACCCAUUCACUGUAUACAGAUUUAUUUAAUCAACUGAAAUCAAUAGAUUUUACUCUGCAUCAGAAAACUUAA